UGUGUGGUGGCGUUUGUGAUGAAGAAGCAUUUGAAUACUCAUUUACUGGGCAAGCAUGGAGUUGGCACACCCAAAGAAAGGAAAUUUACAUGUCACCUGUGUGACAGGAGCUUCACGGAGAAGUGGGCGCUGAACAACCACAUGAAGCUGCACACGGGAGAGAAGCCGUUCAAGUGCACCUGGCCCACCUGCCAUUAUUCUUUCCUCACGGCCUCCGCCAUGAAGGACCACUUUAGGACUCACACAGGCGAGAAGUCGUUCCUCUGUGACCUUUGUGGCUUUGCCGGCGGGACACGUCAUGCCCUCACCAAGCAUCGGCGGCAGCACACAGGAGAGAAACCAUUCAAAUGUGAUGAGUGUAACUUCGCUUCCACAACACAAUCGCAUCUGACACGACAUAAGCGUGUCCAUACUGGAGAAAAGCCUUACAGAUGUCCCUGGUGUGACUACAGGUCUAACUGUGCUGAAAAUAUCCGUAAACACAUCUUACAUACAGGAAAGCAUGAAGGAGUGAAAAUGUAUAACUGUCCUAAAUGUGACUAUGGAACCAAUAUCCCUGUGGAGUUUCGUAACCACUUGAAAGAACUACACCCAGACAUUGAAAAUCCUGAUCUGGCAUACUUGCAUGCUGGCAUUGUGUCCAAGUCCUAUGAGUGCCGACUGAAGGGGCAAGGAGCAACCUUUGUGGAAACUACGAGUCCUUUUACUGCAGCAGCACUGGGAGAGGUUUCUCCAGUUAAAGAGAAGGUCUUUCGGGGCAGUAGAAGACAGCCACAGUCACCUGAAGAAGUUCAGCAAGUUAUUAUUAUUCAAGGAUACGAUCGAGACUUUGCAAUUGAUGCCUCUGUGGAAGAAACAGCAGCGGCUACCCUUCAGACUCUAGCAAUGGCUGGUCAGAUGGCGAGGGUGGUCCAUAUUACAGAAGACGGGCAAGUCAUAGCUACAAAUCAAAAUGGCUCACACGUGAGUAGUAUGGUUCCAGGGCAGAUACUUACCGAGCAGUUAGCAGAUGGUGCAACACAGGUGGUAGUGGUUGAAGGAACAGGAACUGAUAUGGAGGAGGCCGUUCAAAUAGAUGCAGUUCCUGACUCCAGUAGCACUGUACUGCAGCAGAUAAUGCGGCAAGAAGUUUUAGAUGCUUCUGAAGCUACGGUCCAUCCUCCAGACUCCUCCUCAGCAUUAGAUGCCCUGCUUUGUGCUGUAACAGAGCUGGGUGAAGUGGAAAACAAAUCUGGACUCCUUGACAGAUGCAGGUCUAGUCACAAAGAUUUCUUGCAAAUGCCAAACCCAGAGACGCCCAGCAUUCCCAGUGAUGCAGGGGGACAAGAAAUACAAAUGUUCCAUGAAGUUCAAGAGACUCAGGAAGAUACCAAACCUAUGGAAGUAGUGACGCGGGUCAUGCACCCAUCGGCUAUAAUUGCAUCUCAGGAGAGAGCUCAGGCUGCCUUCAAGAAAAUGGUCCAAGGAGUAUUACGGUUUGCUGUAUGUGAUACGACUGCAGCCGACCAGCUGAUGAAAGAAGGUGUCACUCAGGUCAUUGUAAAUGAGGAAGGGACUGUGCAUAUGGUAGCUAGAGAAGGCUCUCAGAUAAUUAUGCAGGAAGCUGGUAGCCAUGCGCUCAGUGUCCAAAGCGAGCACAUGGAUUUAGUUGAGUCGGAUGGGGAAAUAUCACAGAUUAUUGUCACAGAAGAAAUAGCUCAAGCCAUGGUUCAGGGUUCUGAUGGCGACUUCUCUGAAGGUGCAACCCACUACAUCGUCACAGAAUUGCCACCAGACAUGCAGGAUGAGCCUGGUGUGUACUCGCAUGCUGUGAUAGAGACAGCUGGGUCUCAAGAGAUUUUGCAGGCUGGUACUGCUAUAAAAGCAGAAGCUGUAUCCCCUGAUAGAGCAGAAGAACAGUUAACAAGCAUGGUCAUUUAUACAGAGGGUGGCUCACAAGUAAUUCAAGGCCAGAGAGAUGAUAAUGAAGUACGAGAAGCAUGAAGAGCUUCAUCUCCUAGGCUUGAUGCAGGGCAAAGCUGGAAAUUACCAGAUCCAUGGAGGCACUGUAUUCCUGGAACAUUUUCUGUAAAACAUUCUCAGUACAACACCCUCCUAGCCAGGUAACAAAUACGCACCCUGCGGGAGGUGAAGGUCAGCUACUAGGAGGCGUUCACUGAAAAGGAUAGUACAAUCUUGUUACAAUAGCUCUAAGAAUUAUUAUAUGGGAUUAUUAUAAAACAAGCGUAUUAGGCUACAAAAGAGGAUACCCCCCCAAAGUAGGUAUUGUUCUGUUCCUGCUUGCUUUGUUGUUUGUUUUUUUUUUUAAUGUUGUUUUAUCUCAGGGUAAUUCCCUGCCCUCUGUCAUUUUUGUCUAACAUAAUCACAGGAGUAAAAUAAUUCCACUUACAUGUACAUUUUGUGAACAGAUAAAUAAGCAAAAAAUACAAAACCCACAAUAACAAGGUGAACAGGUAAGCUUACGUACUAUAAUCGGUGCCCUUCAUUUUAAAGAAGAACAGGUGGCAUUUUGCUUUCUAGAAUCUUACUUUAAAAUAUCCCUGGCUAAAAAUGUCAUCAAAAGAAUUAUUUUUUGCAUCUAAAAUCAAAUUUUUCAUAGUAGCUUGCUCUUUCAUGGUAUCACAUAGGGCUUUCCAUAAAGAAGAGCUCAAAGAAGCUACAGUGCAGAAAAUUCUUGAUUAUACAUAUUCAGGAAGAAGAACUUGAUGUCUGUAACUUCCACUUAAUUUUAGAUGAGACUCCUACAUAAGAAAUGUGCAUUUUUUGAAAAAAAUUGUCACUGUCAGUGUUUUGCUUUUCUUAUAAAUAGUGCUUCAUAUAAAUACCAUUUUGCAGUUCAUUUUGUGAGCGACUUCUGAAAUGUUAUGGGGGGUUUUAAAGAAAAUUCUGACAUUGACAUUAACAAGUAGAAAAAAAAAAGGUGACCUUGUAUUUCUUGCUUAGUCCAGAAUGUCAGUUAUUUACUUGUGGAUAUACUGCAAUUGUUCAUGCAAGUUCAUAUUGAAAAGAUUUGUUCCAUGAUACAACUGCUUUUGUUUCUUUAAAAAAAUUGUAAAAUAUAAACUGGCAAGG